AUGCCUGAGCUGCAAGAAGACAAGGACAUGCUUGAGGAACUAGAAGACGAUGCACUGUCUCCCUUUCAAUUUACGGAUGACUAUUUCUCGGACAACAUAGCAGAUGAAGAUGGUUCGGCCCGCGAGCCAGCAAGAACCGGUAAAAGACUACAGAAUAAAAGGUCUGCUGCGAAGAAGGCAGCUCGAAAAGAGAAAAUGGAAGCCAUAGAGGAGGAACGACGAAUCCUAGGACCCCUGCACAAGUCUUUGAAAAAGGCCUGCAAACAAUAUGACAAGAAAGAGAGGCAGAUUCGACUAGGAGCCAAGGUAACCCUUGCAGAUAUCGACAUGGAAACAUUCGCAGGUGCAGUUGUGUCACUUAAGGGAAAAUGCCAAGCCAACUGUCUAGCUGCUACCUCGUGUCGAGACGAGGGCCUUAAUGUUUUGGCCCUGUGGGCCGAUGGGUCAAUUACAAAUAUUGCCAACGGCGGCGCUGCAGUUGUUUUCAUGGACAAGUCUUUGGGAAGGGAAGAAACUAUCUGGAAAGAAAUAGGCUGGCAAGUGAAAGGACACAACGCUCAUAUCGGAGAUGUCGAAGCCAUGGCCAUCGCCGGGGCCCUUGAAACAGCUAUAUUCAUUGUUUCGCAACAAUCGACUUCUAGGAUACGCAAAGUUGCCAUAUUCUCUGACUCGACAGAGGCUAUUUCGCGGUGUUCCGAGAUUUGGUACUUCCCAAUACCACCUCUCGACUCGUUAGUUCGACGACGAUCACAUGAAUUGGCGCGAUUGGGAGUGGCUUUGUCUCUCAUUUGGGUUCCAGCUCAUAGUGGUGUCGAGGGAAACUACCGAGCCCAUGCUAUCGCAAAGAGUAUGGGGAAGCUCGAUUGUCCGGACUUGUGCCAAAGCACCGUGUCUAUACCUCGAUCUAUGGAUGAUGUUGUGGACUUUGGCUUUCACCGUGAGUAA